AUGUUAUCCGCAUUCACCGCGCGGCCGCUGGUCGAGCUCAAGCCCCGCGACAAAUCCAAAAUCGACUCCGUCCUCGCAUACGGCGACCGUCUCCUCGCAGGCCUCAACAACGGCACCCUCCGCAUCUACCGCGUAACAGACGACGGCAAGACCGAGCUACUCCGGGAACUGGAGAAGUUUGCCCGGUACAAGAUUGAGCAGCUUGCGCUUGUGAAAGAGGCCAAGGUUUUGGUGUCGCUGUCUGGGGGAUAUGUCAGUUUGCAUGAUUCGCAGACGUAUGAGCUGCAGGAGCAGCUGGCGACGACGAAAGGCGCUUCUACGUUUGCGAUUACCUCUAACGUUGUGAAUGAUCCUGAUACCAAUGUCCCUGCUAUUGUGUCACGGGUUGCGGUCGCGGUCAAGCGGAAGAUUGUGAUGUGGGUGUGGCGGGAUAUGGAGCUGGAGCCGGAUACUAUGGAGAUGAGUCUGACUAGCGCGAUUAAGACUUUGACUUGGGUUUCUGCGACAAGGAUGGUUGUUGGACUUAGCUCGGGCUUUGUCAUGGCUGAUAUUGAAUCUGGUCAAGUCACGGAGCUACCGGGCCCGGGCAGUAUGGAAGAGACUGGGCGGUUUACAGGUGUUGGGGCUGCGAGUAUGAGCUACAUUGGGAUGGGUGGGACAGUACCAAGACCACUGGCUACGAGGCUUUGGGAGGGUCAGAUCUUGCUUGCGAAAGAUAUCAAUACCCACUUCAUCGACAUUGAGGGACAGGCGCUCGGCCGACGACAGAUCCCGUGGAGCCAUGCGCCGGUUGAGAUUGGGUACUCGUACCCAUUCCUGCUGGCGCUGCAUGAUACGGCGAAAGGGGUGCUAGAGGUUCGCAACCCGGAGACGUUGUCGUUGCUGCAAUCUAUCCCCUUGCCAUCGGCGAGCAUACUGCAUAUCCCCCAGCCCAAUAUUAGCCUCGCACAUGCCGGCAAAGGGUUCCUUGUCGCGAGUGAUCGAACUAUCUGGCGAAUGGAAGCUUUAAGCUACGAUACGCAGAUUGACUCUCUCGUCGAAAAGGGCUAUCUGGAUGAGGCGAUCAGUCUACUCGGUAUGCUCGAGGAUGCCUUGCUACAGGACAAACCUGGUCGUCUACGCAGUGCACAGCUUGAGAAAGCUCAAAGCUUGUUUGCAUUGCGGAAAUAUCGCGACUCGUUGGAUCUGUUUACUGAAGUCUCUGCACCGCCGGAGACGGUCAUUCGGUUGUAUCCUCGUUUAAUUGCUGGUGAACUGUCUGCUGUCCCGGAACAAAAUGGAUCAGAAGCGAAAAUCAACGGCAACGGUAGUGGCCACGGUGAUCAGAGUGAUGGAUCAUCUGAGGUGGUACCUGAAGUGGCACCCGUGGGCCAAUCUCUAUAUGCUUCUUCGGUCAGGUCACUACUCCGAAGAGCCGAAGAAGGCAGUGAUACGAGCAGCGUUCGGGAGGAUAAAGAUAAGGACAAGGGUGACAAAGGUGAUUCACAUUUUUGGAAGACAUUACCUGGCCUUGCUGACGACGAUACAGAGCUUAAAACUUCUGUCCGUGAACUCCAGGGCUACCUAGCAGAUGUCCGCCGACGUUUCCAGCGUUUCCUGGGACCAGAUGGCUCACUCAAAGCACCUUUCCCGGCAGAAGCUACGGAUGAGGCGAGUGCCUCGGUCUUGAAGCUUCUCGACUUCCCAUCCCAAGAAGAGUUCUUGACAACGCUGCGUGCCAAGGCCCGGUUAGUUGAUACAACGUUGUUCCGUGCACAUAUGUACGCAACGCCAUCGCUGGCUGGAUCACUUUUCCGAAUUGCCAAUUUCUGCGACCCAGAUGUGGUCAUGGAACGUCUUGAAGAGACGGGCAGGUACAACGAUCUCAUCGACUUCCUGUACGGUAAAAAGCUGCACCGCCAGGCUUUGGAAUUGCUGCAUCGCUUUGGACAAGAAGAAUCAGGACUUUUGUCCGGUCCAACUCGCACGAUUGGUUAUUUGCAAAACCUGCCACCCGACCAGAUCGAUCUCAUUCUGGAAUUCGCUGGCUGGCCAGUCCGUGAAAACCACGACCUGGGUAUGGAAAUCUUCCUGGCAGAAACUGAAAAUGCCGAGACUUUACCUCGGUCCCGGGUGCUUGCUUUCCUGGAGCAGAUUGACCCGAAACUUGCCAUCCAGUACUUAGAGCAUGUCAUUCAGGAGUGGAACGAUAUGAGUCCCGAUUUACAUCAGAGAUUGUUGAUGUUGUAUCUUGACCAGAUCAACGCCGAUAAGACGGAUACUGCGUGCAAUGAGAAGUUCUUGGCCAUGCUCAAGGAGAGCGAGCAGUAUUCACCUGCCAAGACGUUGGAUCGCUUGAAUCGAGAGGAUCCCGAUUUUCACGAGGCAAGAGCUAUCAUCUUUAGUAAGAUGGGCCAGCAUCGCCAAGUUUUAGAGAUCUACGUUUUCAAGCUAGAAGACCACGAGAAAGCAGAAGAGUACUGCAACCAAGUCCAUCUCUCCGAAGGCCCACCCCAGUCUGAAGAAGAGGAAGAAACCUCCAUCUAUCUCACUCUACUCUCCCUUUACCUCGUACCACCACAUGGAUACCAGGCCCAAACCGGUCCAGCGCUGACCAUCCUCGCCAAACACGGAUCCCGGCUACCCGCAGAGGCAGCAUUAAAACUAAUUCCCGCCACGCUGCCCGUACGCAAACUCGAAUUUUAUUUCAAGGGCCGGAUGCGAGCAGCCAAUUCGGUCUUCAACGAGGCCCGUAUCUUGGCUAGCCUGCGCAAAGCACGCGAUAUGCAGACCCAGGCCCAACUUGCCCUGGGUGAAGGUGUUCGGGGCGGCGGGACUCGAGCUCGUCAUGUCACCGUCACGGAGGAGCGGAUUUGUGGUGUGUGUCACAAGCGAUUGGGAGGAAGUGUUAUCAACGUGUUUCCCGACAACACUGUCGUCCAUCUGGGCUGUGCAAACCGCGCGUCAAGCAUCCGUUCCGGGUAG